AUGAUCUGGGUACCGAACCAGCUCGUGGGCGCACCGGCCGGCACCGACGUCACCGUGGACUGCCACACGGAGGCCCACCCUCGUGCCAUCUCGUAUUGGGUUUACGACAACGUCAUGGUGCUGCCCACCAAGAAAUACGCCAUCAACACCGAUGAGAACUCUUACCGGGCACAUAUGAAGCUAACGGUUCGAAACCUGCAAGGAGGUGAUUUCGGCAACUAUCGCUGCAUCUCAAAGAACUCCCUCGGGGAAACUGAAGGCUCCAUCAGGCUUUACGAAAUUCCGAUGCCGUCGACGUCGCCAAAGGCAACCGAAAUGAAGAGUACCGCCAAUAAGGAAAGCGUGCGUCGCCCGAACGUUACGCGAGCGGUUCAGCGCGAGCCGGCGAGCGCGACCGAGCGGCCGAGCGUGGUGCGCGCGCAGCUCGACCGUGUUCCUGACCGCGCGCAAGUGUACCGCGCACACCCGCACCACGACUCAGGUACCGCAGGCAUGAAGUGUUGGCGACGCUCUUUCUUGGCUCUAAUCGUCCUCGUCCAUAUAGACCUCUUGGCGGAUUUCUUCAUUUGUUUCUAG